AAGCGACAGGGCAGAAGUGAAGGUGGAGAGGUUGUGUUACCUCACCAAGUGAGAAGAGAGAAAGGAAGGGUGUGGCCAUAAACCACCUGGACCACUUGAGCGGAGAGGAGGGAUUUCAUUUUAGAGACCAGACACAUGUUCACUCUUAAACACAAGCAAUAUCUGAGGUUUAUAUUCAGACAGUAUUCUGCAGCACAGAGGGGUUUAGUGGGGGACUUUUUCCAGCAAGAGCAAGAAGUUACCUUUUUCUUGGAGUUGUACAAAACAAGUGGAAAACCUGUUUUCUCUCUUUGGUUAAACAUUGGACAGUAGGCAAAGAAUUAAGGAUUUUCUUUUAGAGUUGUUGCUGCUGGUUGGACUCUGGGACUUGGACUGGGAAACAGCAGACUAAGAGACUGCAAUGGGAGGAUGGGCGCUGGGUCUCGUUGUGGGGAUCAACAUUCUCAUGCUUACUGUCACAUCCAGCCACGCUAAUGAUGUGAAUCACUGUACAGUUGUCAGGACAAAAACCUGCUCAGAGUGUAUCCAGAUCGGCUCAGGAUGUUCAUACUGUUCUGAUGAUAAUUUCGAGUAUGAUCGGUGUGAUUUGAAGGCUAACCUGGAUGCCCAUAAGUGUCAGCUGCUGGUAACAGUUGAGAGUACCAAAGAAAUGCAAAGGAACCAACAGGUCAACAAGAUGCUGAAGCUGCCACAGGUGGCUCCUCAGAAGAUGCUCAUGACAUUUCUCCCCGGUGAGGAGAAGGAGGUGGAGAUGGAGGUCUUUGAGCCGACCCGUGGUCCUCUGGAUCUCUACAUCCUCAUGGACUUCUCUAACUCGAUGUCUGACGAUCUGGACAACCUGAAGAGAAUGGGGGACCAGCUGGCUCAACUUGUCGGGGAAAUCUCUGAUGACUACACCAUUGGAUUUGGCAAGUUUGUGGACAAAGUCGUAGAACCACAGACAGACAUGAGACCCUCCAAGUUAAAGCAGCCGUGGCCCGACAGCGAUCCUCCUUUUUCAUUUCGUAACAUCAUUCCUCUCACCAAAAACAUAACCUAUUUCAGACAGAUACUGCAGAUGGAGCGAAUAUCUGGCAACCAGGAUGCCCCGGAGGGGGGAUUUGAUGCUAUUUUACAAGCUGCCGUAUGCCAGACUGAGAUUGGCUGGAGGGAACACAGCACCCACUUGCUGGUCUUCUCCACUGAAUCUGCUUUUCAUUAUGAGGCAGACGGCACCAAUGUGCUCGCGGGUAUUUUGGAUCGUAACGAUGAGAAAUGCCAUUUGAAUCCAGAGGGACAUUACACACACGACACCCUUCAAGAUUACCCAUCUAUACCCACACUAGUACGACUUCUGGUUAAGCACAACAUCAUCCCGAUCUUUGCCAUCACCAACCACUCCUACUCGUACUACGAGAAACUGUAUAACUACUUUCCAAUCGCUGAAAUUGGACAGCUACAGGAAGAUUCUUCCAACAUUCUGAGCAUCUUAAGAAAAGCUUUCGAUAAUAUUCGUUCCAAGCUCAGUAUGCGUUUUGAGGACAAACCAAAAGCACUGGAAUCUAAAAUUCUCUAUCAGUCCGGCAGUAGGUGGGAAUAUAAUAAAUCGGGAAAUUUCAGAGUCGAACCAGGCGAAAUCGGUAAAUUUAAGGUCAGUCUAAAAGCCCUUACUCAGGUUGGGGCAGACCCUGUGUGUAAGGCUGACCUGGCUGUCCGGUCAGGAACUAUGAGAGUCAAACCCACCACCUUUAGCUCUGCCUUCAUUAUCGACACUGAAGUGCUUUGUCCAAAAUGCGACUGUGAAAAGAACCCGGAUAAAAAUGCAGCACGCUGUAACAGUCAUGGAGAUUUGGUGUGUGGGAAAUGCCAGUGUAACAGUGGAUGGCUAGGUCCCUUCUGUAACUGUUCUGCUGGAGAAUCCAAAGACUCCCCCCUGUGUUUGAAGCCCGGCAAGAAGGAGCCGUGUUCUGGCAGGGGAGACUGCAUGUGCGGUACCUGCGUGUGCUAUAACCCCAACCAGUUUGAGGGGCCCUUCUGCGAGUUUGACAAAUCUCAGUGUCCGAGAUUUGGUGGAUUUCUAUGCAAUGACCGUGGAAUCUGCAGUAUGGGGAAAUGUUUGUGUUCGCCUGGCUGGAGUGGAGAUGCCUGUGAUUGUCCAACCAUCAACCAAACGUGUCUGGACAUCAAAGGGGGUAUCUGUAAUGGCCGUGGUGAAUGUAUAUGUGGCCGGUGUAAGUGUGAGCACUCUGGACUCCAGCUGAGCCUCACUUGUGAAGCCAACUUCCAGGCUCAGCUGGGCAUGUGUGAAGCCAAAAGGAGCUGCGUUCAGUGCCAAGCCUGGAACACUGGCGAGAGGAAAGGCAACAAGUGUGAUGAGUGUACAUUUCAGUCCGUCUUGGUAGAUGAACUGGAGGAUGAUGGUAACGUGAUUGAGAAGUGUAGUUUCCGUGAUGAAGAUGACGACUGCACGUACCACUACACUGUGAAUUAUCCGUUAGACAACACGGCCAAAGAUCAUCGUGUCCUGGUGAAGAAAAAGAGGGACUGUCCACCUGGAGGUUUCCUGUGGUUAAUUCCUCUCAUAAUGUUUCUGAUGCUCCUGCUGGGUUUGCUAUUACUCUGCUGCUGGAAAUAUUGCGCCUGCUGCAAGGCUUGCCUCGCUCUCCUACCCUGCUGUGGCAGAGGUCGUAUGGUUGGAUUCAAAGAAGAUCACUACAUGCUACGUCAGUCAUUGUUGACCUCUGAUCAUCUGGAUACCCCGAUGGUGCGCACCAGUCCACUCAAGAGCACUGACGUGGUGCGCUGGAAAGUGACCGAUAACGUUCAUCGACCACCAAACCACCCCCAGAACCAGAUCGAGCCCAACCCCAAAGAGACCAUACAAUUUCCGGUCUCCCUACGUCUGAACCGGCAGUAUUCCGAACCUCUUUCGCUGCCCGAUGCUCGGGAAACAGACAUGCUCAGACGAGAGGUGGAGGAGAACCUCAAUGACGUGUUCAUGCAGAUCCCUGGUGCGCAGACAGUGCAUAGAACCAGGUUCAGGACACAAAGAAAUUCUGGAAAGAGACAGAACUACACAAUUGUUGACACGGUUUUAUCAGCCCCACGUGCCAGUUACCCUGAUAUUGUGAAACUAACAGACAAACAGGUUCAGGCUGGAAACUUCCGUGACCUAAAAGUGGUUCCAGGCUACUACACCGUAGCGAAUGAUAGAGAGGCGGCAGGCGCUGUAGAGUUUCAGGAGGGUGUGGAGUCUGUGGACGUCCGGAUUCCACUCUUCAUCAAAGAUGAGGAUGAUGAAAAGAAGGAGCUGCUUGUGCAAGCUGUAGAUGUGCCAGUUGGAAUUGCCAAGAUCGGCAAAGAUCAUGUCAACAUCACUGUGAUAAAGGAACACGCUCGCAGCAUCUUUACCUUCCUGCAGCCAUCAUACACCUUCAGUCGGCAGGAUGGUGUUGCAAACAUUCCCAUCAACCGUGAGAUCAUUGAGGAUGGACGAACACAGGUCUCAUACUGCACCCGAGACCUCACCGCCAAAGACAAAAAGGACUAUAUUACAGUUGAUGGGGAUUUGAGUUAUGGAACUGGUGAGAAGGACAAGACUGUCCCAGUGAAACUAUUGGAGCUCGGGGAGGGAGAUGCACUUCUGGGGGACAAGCAGGUCAAACAGUUUGUGAUGGAUCUCAGUAACCCACGGCAAGGCGCUAAACUUGGCCGAUACCCACGAACCACUAUCACGAUCGCCGAUAAAGGAGAACCUGGUAUUGUGAUGUUUAAGAAAAGCACUCAAACUUUCAAUACAACGGAUCCCAGCUACUCCAUCCCUGUGGUACGUACCCGAAACCAGGAUGGUCCGACCACCGUUUACUGGCGCACAAACAAAGCAUCGCGCCUCGACCUCUCUGGUCCUAUAAAAUUUGGACCGGGCGAAACCGAAAAGAACGUUGUGAUUGACCCUCGUGCAAAUCCAUCAUCUGUCAUACCUGAGACGUUCCAACUGGAGCUGUACAACCCAAGCCCCAAUGUAACAAUUGGAGAGAAAAAUACCACGCUGGUGAACGUAUUUGAUGGUAGAGGAGAUAAUAAAAGUCAGGAGUUCCAGAAAAUAGAUCACAUGAAUCUCAAGGGCGCGUCUCCUGGAGGACCUCUCUAUUCCCCGACCAACAUCAAAGCUGUACCCACGGGUCCCAAAAACAUACAAGUGAACUGGAACCCCAGUGGAAAUGCCACUGGUUACAGGGUGAAGUACUGGAUUUAUGGAGAUCCUGAGGCUGAUGCACAGGUGAUGGAUGUAAAGUCUCCUCAUGCUGAGUUUACCAAUCUCUACCCUUACUGUGAUUAUGAGAUGCGUGUAUGUGCCUACAAUUCACUUGGAGAUGGCAACUACAGCGACAUAAUCCCAUGCAAGACUCUUGAGGAUGUUCCUGGUGAACCUGGUCGAUUGGCUUUUAAUGUUAUUAGCCACACUGUCACUCAAGUUAGCUGGGCGGAGCCAGCAGAGACAAAUGGUCUUAUAACUUCCUAUGAGGUCAUCUACACACCUAUCGAUGAGGACAAAAAGCCUCAAGGAGUACCUAAGAAGGUGAUGAUUGAUAACCCUAAAAAGCGGAUGCUGCUCAUCGAGAACCUUCAGCCUUCUCAGACAUACUGUUACAAAGUGCGCGCUCGCAACAAGGUGGGCUGGGGUCCAUACAAAGAAGCCACCAUCAACCUGGCUUCACAGCCUGCCAGACCCAUGUCAAUUCCCAUCAUUCCAGACAUUCCCAUUGUGGAUGCAGAAGCUGGUGAUGAGUAUGACAGUUACCUGAUGUACAGUAAUGAAGUACUACGAUCUCCAACCAGCAGCCAGAGACCAAGUGUGACGGACCUGACUGAUGAUCAGGUUAUAAAUGGAAAAUGGGACUCAAACUUCUUGUUCCCUGGAGGAAGCAGUUCUCUGUCGCGCAACGUCAGCUCUUCGUCAUCCACGUACAGCCAUUCCAUACCUCGUCCGGGUGGGAGCAAUCACAGCACCACAACGACGUAUAUUUCUGGCAAAGGGGGCUCAACCACUCACAGAUUCGAUGGGGGACUCCUCAGAGACGAGGUGACGCUGAGGAAACGUUCUGAGAAUUGGCAUUACACGGACAAUGAUGGUGUGAGAGACUCCAUCGUCAUGGGAAACCUCUCUGGUGGAUUUUUGGACAAUAUAGGGGUCUCUAGCUUCAGCCAGAGUACAACAACCAACUACAGCAUGAGCUCCAGAACUCGUACCCAAUCUGAGGAUAUCAACGAUGCGUUGCAGAACCUGGAUAUGGUUCUUCAUGACUCUCGCAUAAACCCUAGCAUUCCUGAGACUCCCAGCAGAUUGGUGUUCUCUGCUUUGGGACCCACUGCCCUCAAAGUGAGCUGGCAGGAGCCUCAUUGCGAGACGGAUGUUUUGGGAUACUGUGUCAUUUACCAGCUUAUCAAUGGAGGCGAGUACACUGAAUUAAAUGGCUGGACGUUCCAGAAUGAUGAUGCUGUUGGUGAGAUCAAACGUAUUGAGGUAAAGAAUCCAGCACAGAACUCUGUGGUGGUGCAGGACCUUCUUCCCAACCAAUCCUACGUCUUCAAAGUAAAAGCCCAGAGUCGGGAGGGCUGGGGUUCUGAGAGAGAGGGAGUCAUUACCAUUGAAUCUGCCGUCGACCCCAAGAGUCCACUUAGCCCCAUGCCAGGGUCUCCAUUUACUCUUAGCACACCAAGUGCUCCAGGACCUUUGGUCUUCACGGCUUUGAGUCCAGACACCCUUCAGCUAAGCUGGGAGAGACCCCGUAAACCCAACGGAGAUAUCCUGGGCUAUGUGGUCACCUGCGAACAGCUGCACAGCGGAGGAGAUCUUCGGUCCUUCAAGGUGGAAGGCAAUGCUGCAACGUCAUUGACUGUGUCUGACCUAAAAGAAAACAUGCCGUACAAAUUCAAAGUUCAAGCCCAGACCACACAGGGCUUUGGACCGGAGAGAGAGGGAAUCAUCACCAUAGAAUCUCAAGAUGGAGGCUCCAUGUCACAGUUUAGCAGUCAAUCAGCUACAAGAAGGGAAGUUUUCAACUUACCAACAGAAAUGACAACACGCACAAUGUUCUCAGAACCCUUUGUGUCUCCAGAGGGCAUGAUGAUGAUGUCGAGCAGACACAUUACUGAGUCGAGUGGUGGUUCCAUCACCCGGCAGGUGGAGAUGGUGCAGAGGGGAGUCGUGUCCGGCACCACAGUCACAAAGAGAGUAGACCGACAGUACUUCGAGUCAUAAACCCCUUGACACUCAAUCUGCCUUCUGAUAAAAUCACAUGACCAAGCAACAUUACACAUAUUGUGGAACUUUGUGUUAGUUGAAUCAUGUGUGAUUUUAGCUGAGCUCUUCCUUGAAUCAUCAACAAGGUCAUCAAAGCCUUGAUACGUUAUUGAAUGUAAAAACCUUUGAGUGUUAUGAGAAUCAUUAUCAAGACGUGCUCCAUGGGAUACGGUUGUGGAUAUUCUGUUUCCUGUUUGAACUGGACAGCUUUAUUCUUGGUUAGGUCAGAUUUCAUCCUUGGGAUGUUUGUAAGUUGGUUUUGAAAACAUUUCAUGUUUAUGUUUCUCAGCAAAUGCACCAUAUGUAAUUUACGGUGUAUAUUUCAAGAUUCGUAUUCUCCCACCCUCUCGAAUAAUUUUAUUUUUGAGGGUUACAUAAAAUGUUGUUGCAUAUGGACUCCAUUCUGAGGAUUGUAAAAAUGUUACUGAGGUUUUUUUUAUCGCCUGUUGCAAGAUGUGCUGUUGUAACAUUAGGCAUGUGGCUAUAUUUAAGACACAAAUAUGUUUUAGAUGCUGGUGAGCAAUACUUGCAUUAUUUCACUUAGUGAACCAGCAGCUAGUAAGAACUACUCGAGUCUGCUGGUUUUGUGCUUUAUGCUACUGAUCAUUUGAAAAAGAUUUUCAACUUUGUACCUAUGCACCUUAUUUGUUGAAUUACUUUUUUACUGCAUUUAUACAUUUUAUAUGGUACUUCUCACUUGACAAAAUAUAUUUUAAAUUUUUAUAUUGAAAUACUAUCUUAUCAUAUUCAAAGUGGAGCAUAUAACCGGUCUACAUUUCUCUGUGGAAAGCAAAAACCUUUUUGUGUGCAUGUCAGUUCACCAUACUAAAUUAAACAAUAAAACGUUGUAUCACA